AUGUUGCAGGCAUUUCUUGCAUGUGCCCCAUGAGUAACUAAGGUGAAGGGGUGAUGGAGGACAAUGCUUGGACCAUUCAGCAGCGAGAGCAACAGGCUGUGGAUGCCUAUUGUCAGAAGCAUGGCAUCGAGCAAUUUAUGGAGGAGCUGGUCUCGGAGUAUCUCUCUGAGCGGCCCAAGGACCUGACGCCGAAAGAGUUCUUUGCUCAAAAGCUCAGGACGCAGCUUGGGGAUGAGGUGAGCCCGACGGGCCAGGUGCCCAGCUCCGCUCGGCAGCUCUUUGAGGCCACGAAGAAGAUCAUGUCCGAGAUUGUUCCAAAGGAGACGAUCCGGGUGAUCAUCGAAGAAAGCCUGAAGCUUUUGAGCUGCGACCGUAUCUCGCUGUUCGUCUUCGACAAGCGACUCGAAAUGCUGGUGCUCAACGCCUCCAACUUAGAGCAGCCCAUCCGCGUGAGGCCUGGGCAAGGCAUUGCGGGCAAAGUCUUCAGAAGUGGGCAGAUGGUGAAUAUCGCCGACUGCUAUAGUGAUCCUCAAUUUGAUCAGUCCUUCGACAAGGAAUCUGGGUACAGGACGCAGAGCCUGCUGGCCAUUCCCAUCGUGGACUUCGGAGGGACUCUGCUGGGAGUGAUUCAGGCCAUCAACAAGCUUGGUGACGCAGGGAAGAGCUUUGGUCCCACAGAUGAGAUCCUUUUGGGCAAUCUGGCAGACCAGGUGUCCGUCGCGCUUCAAAACGCGGAGUUCUACCGCGCAGCGAUCGUGUCCAGCGAAAGAGCCACUGCCUUGUUGCAGAUGAUGCAAUUCAUGACCCAAGAUUUGGGUGCUCAGUCUUUGAUGCUGUCUGUGGCAACUCAUGCCAGCGAACUGGUUCGAGCAGAUCGCUGCACCGUCUUUCUGGUGGAUGACAGGGCUGGCGAGCUGAUCUCGAUUGCAAAUGAGUCAGGCCAGGAAAUCAGGCUGCCCAAGUCAUAUGGCAUCGCCGGCGAAUGUGCGUCGCAGAACAAGCUGAUCGUCAUUGACGACGCGUACGAAGAUGCACGCUUUGAUCCCGAGUCAGACAAAGGCUACCGAACUCGGAGCAUCAUCGCCGUGCCGGUGAAGCGGCCACCUGCAAAGGAUUCGGUGUGCGCCGUCAUUCAAAUGCGAAUUUGCUCAGGAUCAACAAGCAAGACUUCGACGAUGAGAUCGGAAGGUUUGAUGAAGAGGACGUCCAGGUGCUCGAGACGCUCGCCACCUUUGUGGCAACGCAGCUGGCGGAGUCCACGUUGCUCGUGUCCGCAGCCAAGCAUGGGAAGGGGCAUGAUACCCUUGAAGCCAUGCCUGAGCACGUACCGGAGCACAGAGGAAGCUUUCGUAGCCCCAGGCAUAACGAUGCCACCAUGAAGGCAGUGAUUGAGGAGGAAGAGGAGGAAGACUGAGCGGGCAACAGUUCCUGUGGGGCCUGCAAUUUUUUGCUUGCGCUCGCUUGGCCACAUUUCACCAGAGCUGCUGCAACAUGCGGGAGCCCAUGGCUAGCGACCAACAA